AGGACCGUUGUCCAUCUCAAGCCAAUUAAAAAAAAAAGAUUAAUAAUAGCAUAAGUGAAGUGGCAAAUUUGUCAGCUUUAGCCUACUUUACAAACAUUUCAAUCAGAGCAUUAUUGCAUACAUCUACCAUUUAUAAUCACAACUUUAAAAAACCUCUACAUACAUACAUACCUUUUGAUGAGAAGAAAAGAAGAGAUAGAUUCCUUAUAGGUGGGCAUGUAAGAAUACUUCCACUAAAAAACCUCAGAUUUCCAUAGCAAGAUUCCUUGCAGAUUCCAAGAAAUGGCAACUGAAGCAGAUAUUCCAGCACCUGUAUGUGAAACAAGAGCAGAGCAAGGUUUCCAUAUAGCAGAUCAAGCUACCAACAUAUCACAUAAUAAACUUCCCCAUGAAGAAAAGAACCGAGCCGAUAUACAUAAUGAACCUGCUACAGUUGCGGGGGAGGAUUUUUUGCCAACACCCUCAAUUGAUCAGGUUCAUUGUGAAGUGAACAAAAUGUCGUCAGACGCCACCGAGAAAGAUGAGACUGUGAUUUCGCUUCUAACAAGUCCCGAAUUAGAUGAUCAAUCAUUACAAAGUGCUGUAAAUGCAGUGGAUCCUUAUGAAAUGAUCCAACACAAGGAUGAAAAAUCAAAUGUCUCGGACAAAGAUGUAAGAGUGGAGACUGAGCUGUCUAAAGACACAACGCAUGGGGAAACAACAGAAGAGGAUAUCUCAGGCAAUCUCGCCACCAGUGACGAGUCUAAAGAAGUAGAAUGCGAGCAUAAUAAGAUUCCCCCGGAAAUAAAUUUUGCAGAUAGCUUGGAAAUUGCAGCAGAGAAAGCAAGUCAAGAACCAAAGGUCCAGGUUGACGAUGAGCAAUUUGAAAAGGAAAGUGAAAAACUGCAAUUGGCAGAUUUAUCAGCCGAUGGCAACGAGUCCAGAUUCGUUGAUAAGGUCAUAGAUGAGAAGGAGGGCCCCACAAAAGCUCAGCUGUUUGAAACUGAGGAAAACAUUACUACUUUGCUAAAGAAAGACGUGGCCAUAGAGAAGCCUGUAGAGUCCUUGCAUGAAGUCCCCGAGAUUAUUGAAGCAUCUGAUUUAAGCCAAGAAAAUAAAACAACAAGUUCUUCGGAAGAGCAUAGCACAAAUGCAAAUCAACAUGUAAUUGUGAGUGAUGAUCCAGAGGAAAAAACAAUUGUUGCAGUUGAAGAACACAAGGAAGUUCUUGAUAGUUUUCCAACAAUUGUUUCAAGUUCUUCCAAAGAAGAAAGUGUAACUGCAGAGAGCGAGUGUGUCGAUGAAGAAACAAUCGAUAAGGUUGACACACAGAAGGAAAUCCUUGAGGAUUUUCCCACAGUUGUUCAAAACGAGGAAAUUGAAGAAAACUCAAACAAAGUGGUUGGCUCGGAUACAAAAGAUGAAGAGACUUUAGAAAAGGGAAGUGAAGAAAUGUCUUUGCCGCUACCGUUGGCAAGAGAAGCCAAUGUUGACGAACCAAUGGUUAUGCAUGAGGCCGGAGUUGAGCAUGGAGAAUUGAGGAAAACCGAAUUGUGUGAAAAUGAGAGUACUGAAAGUAUAGAGAAGCCGGAAGAUUCCUUGAAUGUAGUUUCCGAGGAUAUUAAAGAAUCUGAUCCGGAUCAAGAAAUUGAAACAAGAAGUCACACAGAGGAGCAAAUUGAAGCAGCACAACCACAGGCAGACCUGGACGAAAAAACUGAUGAUAAAAUACUUGAUGUAGCUGAAACAAAGGAGGAAAUUCUUGAGAAAACGGAGCAAGGUUUCCAUAUAGCAGAUCAAGCUACCAACCCGGCAGACAUACAUAAUGAACCUUGUACAGUUGAGGGGGAGGAUUUUUUGACAACUCCAUCAAUUGACCAGGUUCAUUGUGAAGUGAACGAAACGUCGUCAGAUCCCACUGAACAACCAGAUCAGACUGAGAAAGAUGAGACUGUGAUUCAGCUUCUAAGAAGUCCCGAAUUAGAUGAUCAAUCAUUACAAAGUGCUGCAGAUGCAGUCGAUUCUUACGAAGAAAUCCAACAGACCGCUGGAAAAUCAAAUGUCUCAGACAAAGAUGUAAUAGUGGAGACUGAACUGUCUAAAGGGGAGGUAGUAAGCCAUGAAAGAAAUUUUGCAGAUAGUUUGGAAAUUGGAGCAGAGAAAGCAAGUCAAGAUAAUAGUUCAUCUGUGGAGACCGUAACAAAUACGACUUCUGCUGAUGAAUUUCAGGGAAAGAAUAACUUAGAUUCUUCUUUCUGUGAAGAUGGUACAACAAAAGCUGACGUGGACACAGAGAAGCCUGUAGAGUUCUUGCAUGAAGUACCCGAGGUUACUGAAGCGUCUGAUUUAAGCCAAGAAAACAAAGCAACAAGUUCACCGGAAGAGGAUAGCACAACUGCAAAUCAACAUGUAAUUGUGGGUGAUGAUACAGAGGAAAAAACAAUUGAUGCAGUUGAAGAACACAAGGAAGUUCUUGAGAGUUUUCCAAUAAUUGUUACAAGUUCUCCCAAAGAGGAAAGUGUAACUGCAGAGAGCGAGUGUAUGGAUGAAAAAGCAGUUGAUAAGGUUGACACACAGAAGGAAAUCCUUGAGGACUUUUCUGCAGUUGUUCCAAACGAAGAAAUUGAAGAAAACUCGAACAAAGUGGAUGGCUCAAAUACAAAAGAUGAAGAGACUUUAGAAAAGGAAAGUGAUGAAAUGUCUUUGCCGCUACCUUUGGCAAGAGAAGCCAAUGAUGAUGAAUCAAUAAUUAAGCAGGAAGAUUCCUUGAAUGUAGUUUCUGAGGAUAUUAAAGAAUCUGAUCUGGAUCGAGAGAUUGAAACAAGAAGUUACACCGAGGAGCAAAUUGAAGCAGCACAACCACAAGCAGCCAUGGACGAAAAAACUGAUGAUAAAACACUUGAUGCAGCUGAAACAAAGGAAGAGAUUCUUGAGAAUAUGCCAACAUGUGUCUUAGAUGAGAAGACAGAAGGGGAGUCAUUGGUACAAGAUGAUAGCACAAAAGUGAAAAAUGAGGACCAUUUGGAAAAAGACAGUGACGAAGCAUCCAAUGAUGAUGUAAUAACUACGAUCGAUGAGGUCAAAGUUGAGGUUGAAUAUCCAAGCAGAGCAGAACUGUUCCACGAGGAGAAAAAUGAUGGAGCAGACUUCAACGAGAAAACUCAAGAGCUGCAGCAGAGUGUUGAAAUAAAUGUCUCGACUCAGGACAACGAUAGGGAACUGGAGAAGGAAAUAGUAACACCAUCUUUAGAAGAAGCUUCAACCAAGGAAGCUCCUGAGGAAAGCACAGAGAGUACUUUGCUGAAGGAGGAUCACGAAGCACCUGCUUCAAGUGACGACAUAGAAAUAAAUCAUACUCUUGAGGAUCAAAGUUUAACUGCAAUUCCUCAUGCAAUCACGAGUGAAAGAACAAUUGAUCCAACUGACACGAAGGCAGUGUGCCUUGAGGUGCAGAAUGUUGCAACAGAAAUUCCACAUGUGGAAAGCGAGGCGCAUUUGGGAAAGGAAAGUGAAAAGUCAUCUUUGACAGAGGAAACCAAUGAAACGGAGUCCAAAAAUUUGAGUGAACCCAAAGAAGACAAAGAUCUAGUAGAAGCCGAAUUGUCGGAAAAAGAAAACAAUUCAGCAAUUACUUUGGUGACAGAAAAAACCAAGGAUAUUAUGGAAUCUGAUUUUGGUGAAAAAACUACAAAUCCACAAGAAAUCUCAAGUGACAAACCAGAGGAAGAAACUAUUGAUACAGUUGAGAGGAAAGAGGAAAUUCUUCAUGUACAGGGUAUUGAAGCAAGUAUUCCAGAUGCAGAUAGUGUAGAUAAAUCAUCAAUCGAAGAAGACUGCUCACAAUAUCCAUCUUCGAAUGAAACUUCAUCGGGACAAGCCAAUGACGACGAGGCAGCAAUUACGCGUGAGGCAAAUUUUGUGGACGAAAGCUUGAUAAAAGCUGAAUCGUUCGAAAGUGAGAAAAACGCUGAAGUUACCUUGGUUAAGGAAGAAGUAUCUAUCGAGUCUUUGCAAGUAGCAGCUAAUGAUAUUAAAAACUCUGCCGUAGAACAAGACAGAGAAAUUGCAUUUAAAGAGUAUAAAACAAAGGAAGAAAGUCAUGAGGAGAUGGCAAGAAUCAUAUUAAUUGCUUACAACUUGGAACAGGUUGAACAUUUGGAAAAGGAUAGUGACAGCACAUCCUUGGCAGAAGCUCCAAUAAUGGACACCAUAGAAAGUACAGAGGAAAUUGGAGAAUCUGGUUCAGGUCAAAGCACAGAAACAGGUUCCACUGAGGAGCAAAUCCUAACUGAAGAUACACAAGAAAUCUCAUGUGACAAAACAGAGGAAAAAUCGGAUGAUGCAGCUUACACCAAAGGGAAUACUAUUGAUGCACAGGAUACUGCAACAAAUGAAGACAGUUCACCAAUUGAAGAAGACUGCUCAGAAAGGCCAUCAGCAAUUAUACAUGAGGCCAAAUUAGCAGAUCAGAACUUAAUAAAAGCCGAAUUGAUUGAAAAUGAGGAAAGCACGGAGGGUAAUUUGGCAAAGGAGGAAUUGUCCACUAGAUCCUUGGAGGUAUCAGACGAAGAUACUAGAGCAUCAGCUUCUGAGCAAGAUAGAGAAACAAGUUCAAUAGAGGAGCAAGGCCUAACUACAAGUACUUCAGUAAUAAUUGAUGACCAAAAAGAGGACAAAACAAUUGAUGCAACUGAAACUCCUGAGGAUAAGAAUGUUGCAACAACUACUCUACAUGAGGAGACUGAGGAGAACUCACUGAUCCAAGUGGACUGUCAAAAAGAAGAUCUGGAAAAAAAAAGUGAAAACACAUCUCAAAUAGGAGAGACCACAGAAAGUACCUUGAAGGGCGAUGCAGAGGUGGAGAAGGCUGCUGGCUCAAUCGAAGUAGUUAAUGAGGAUACUAACGACAAUUGUGAGGAGUCAACAAUUAUACAUGAGUCCGAAGUAGCCGAUCAGGGCUUAAUAAAAGCCGAAUUGUUUGAAAAUGAGAAAAACACAGAAAGUAAUUUGGCACAGGAGGAAGUGUGCAUUAGAUCCUUGGAGGUAUCAGAUGAAGAUAUUAAAGCAUCAGCUUCUGGCAAAGAUGGAGACAUAAGUUCUAUAGAAGAGGACAACACAAUUGAUGCAACUGAAACUCCCGAGGAUAAGAAUGUUGCAACUACUCUUCAUGAGGAAACUGAAAAAAACUCACCGAUCCAAGCGGACUGUCAAAAAGAACAUUCGGAAAAGGAAAGUGAAACCACACCUCCAACAGGGGAAACCACAGAAAGUACUUUGAAGGACGAUGCAGUGGUGGAGAAGGCUGUUGACUCAUUUGAAGUAGUUAAUGAGGACACUAAUGAGUCCAAACUAGCAGAACAGAACUUAAUAAAAGCUGAAUUGCUUGAAAAUGAGGAAAGCGCAGAAGGUAAUUUGACAAAGGAUGAAGUGUCCAUUAGAUCCUUGGAGGUAUCGGACGAAGAUAUUAAAGCAACAGCUUCUGGCCAAGAUCGAGAAACAUGUUCUAUAGAGGAGCAAGGCCUAACUACAAGUCCUUCAGGAAUAAUUGCUGACCAAAAAGAGGACAAAACAAUUGAUGCAACUGAAACUCCUGAGGAUAAGAAUGCUGCAACAACUACUCUACAUGAGGAGAGUGAAGAGAACUCACCGAUCCAAGUGGACUAUCAAAAGGAAGAUCUGGAAAAGGAAAGUGAAGACACAUCUCAAACAGUAGAGAUCUCAGAAAGUACUUUAAAGGACGAUGCAUUGGUGGAGAAGGUUGUUGACUCAUUCGAAGUAGUUAAGGAGGAUACUAAAGCAUCUGCUUUCGUUUCUACGGGGAACGACAAUUAUGAGGAGUCAACAGUUAUACAUGAGUCCAAAGUAACCGAUCAGAGCUUAAUAGAAGCCGAAUUGUUUGAAAAUGCAAAAAGCACAGAAGUUUAUUUGGCACAGCAGGAAGUGUCCAUUAGAUCACUGGAGGUAUCAGAUGAAGAUAUUAAAGCAUCAACUUCUGGCCAAGAAACAAAAACAAGUUCUAUAGAGGAGAAAGGCCUAACUACAAGUCCUUCAGGAAUCAUUGAUGACCAAAAAGAAGACAAAACAAUUGAUGCAACUGAGAGCCCUGAGGAUAAGAAUGUUGCAACAACUAUUACUCUACAUGAGGAGACUGAAGAGAACUCACCGAUCCAAGUGGACUGUCAAAAGGAAGAUCUGGAAAAGGAAAGUGAAGACACAUCUCAAACAGGAGAGACCAAGGAAACAACUUUGAAAGACGACGCAGUGAUGGAGAAGGCUGCUGACUCAUUCGAAGUAGUUAAUAAGGAUAUUAAAGCACCUGCAGUCGUUUUUAUGGGGAACGAUAAUGAUGAGGAGUCAACUAUACAUGAGCCCGAAUUAGCAGAUCAGAACUUAAUAAAAGCCGAAUUGUUUGAAAAUGAGGAAAGCACAGAAGGUGGUUUGGCAAAGGAGGAAGUUUCCAUUAGAUCUUUGGAGGUAUCAGAUGAAGAUAUUAAAGCAUCAGCUUCGGGUCAAGAUAGAGAAAUAUGUUCUCUAGAGGAGCAAGGCCCAACUACAAGUCCUUCAGGAAUCAUUGAUGACCAGAAAGAGGACAAAGUAGUUGAUGCAACUGAAACUCCUGAGGAUAAGAAUGUUGCAACAACUACUCUACACGAUGAGACUGAAAAGAACUCACUGAUCCAAGUGGACUGUCAAAAAGAAUAUCUGGAAAAGGAAACUGAAAUCACAUCUCAAACAGGAGAGACCACAGAAAGUACUUUGAAGGACGAUAUAGAUGAGCAAAUUCAAACUGCGGAUCUACAAGAAAUCUCAUGUGAUAAGACAGAGGAGAAAACCUUUGAUGCAACUUACACAGAGGGGCAAACUCUUGAGGUACGGGAUGUUGACACAGAUGUUCAAAGGGAACAGAAUGAAGAUAACUCACCAAGUUCUAUCGAUGUGGAAACUCCAACUGCAGAAGCACAAGAAACCUUGGGUGACGAAAUUAAUGAACAAACUACUGAUGUAACUGAUGCAAAGGAGGAUUGUCUUGAGGCUCAGGAUAUUACAACAAAUGUCCCAAAUGGAGAUGAUGAAGAUAACUCACCAACCGAAGCAGAAAGCUCACAAAACCCUUCUUUGGAAGAAGCUCCUCUGGGAAAUGCCGAAGAUCAUGACUCCAUAAUUAUGCAUCAGGCCAAAUUUGUGGAUGAAAACUUAAUAAAAGCAAACUUGUUUGAAAAUGAGAAAACUGCAGAAGGUACACUGAUAAAAGAAGAAACCGAGUCUAUGCAAUUUGCAGACGGGGAUAUUAAAGCACCUGCUUCAUGUGAAGAUAGAGAAAUUAGUUCUCUAGAGGAGCAAAGCCUAAUCGCAGAUCCUACAGGAAACAUGGCCGAGGAAAAAGAGGACGAAACAACUGAUCCAACUGAUCUGAGUGAAGAAACUUCUAAGGAUAAGGUACCCAAAGAGAUUGAUGCUGUUGAGACCAAAGCAGAAAUUACAGAGUUAAAUGAAGAAGAAAUUUACCUCAGGGAUCUUCAUAUGACAAAUGCAGUUGACAUAGCAGCUCAUGAGGAAAAUGCCUCGAGUUCAGAUGCAGUAAAGAUACCCUCUACAAAUGGUUCAGAUGAAGUGUCGGAAGAACAUAUAUUGGAAAACCAGCGAGAAAUACAACAAGACGCUGAGACCGAAGAGGCUCACAAACAAGAUGAGGACCUCCAUGUUUCGGCACCCUGCCAAGAUUCCUCCACGGAAAAAUUAGACAAGGAUGUCCAAUUGUGUCUUGCAAGUACCAAUGAUUCUGAUGUCACCAAAGAGGUGAUACCUGCGCGAGAUGACAACAUAGCAGAAAAAACAGACAUCAAGGAGAGUGAAGUCCUAAAGGAUGAUCAAAAACCUAAUGCAAGAGAGCAAGAAGAAACAGAAUGUGGACAAAUACUAUUAGAUGAAACAGUAGAAGAAACCAAAGAGUUGGUAUCAAUACCAAUGGCUAAUGACGCCCCUAUAAAGUCUUUCACAGAAACCUCGGAAGUAGAUCAUUUCACUUCUGAAAGAGAGCUGACAAUAGACAGAGAAGAGCUCCAGACAGGAAAAACAGCAACUGCUGAUGACAAGGAGACAAGAAAUGAUGAAGACAAAGGUGAAGAAGAGGAAGCACACGAACAGAAAAUACCAGACUUCAGUUCUGCUGCUACGAAUGUCAUAGAGGCAAGAGACCAGGAUGUUGCUGGAUUUUUGUCUGAAGUACCAGAAGAAAUUGGGGUUGCACCUGAAGAAAAGAAAAGCGAACAAGAGUCCAAAGAUCAAGUGCUUGAACUUGAAAAAGGUGAUCGUGAGUAUGCAUUCAUCGGUAACGUGAUGGUAAUUGAUGAAAAAUCAGAGUCAAGUGUAAUUGGGGUUGCACCUGAAGAAAAGGAAAGCGAAUACGAGUCCAAAAAUCAAGUGCUUGAAUCUAUUGCUCAAGUUCAAAGCUGUGACAUAAUUCCAAAAGCAACGGAGAUGAAAACAGAGGAAGAAAAUACUGAAACAGCUGCAGAAAUAAAGUCUGAAAAUGUUCUGGCAGAGGAUAUAUUCGAGCCAAAAAUAACCCCAUGCGAAAAGGAAAGCAUGAAAGUUGACAUUUCGAGCGAGAAGGGAGAUGAAGACUUGGAAGAUUACCAUCUUGGUUCUCGCAAGGAAGAGGUAAUCACAGAGAGAUGCCUAGAGAGUGAGGUGUCAGAAGUUUCUGAAGAGACUGAUGACAAGGCUGUAGAACACCCAGACACAAUUUUACAUGCAAAUGAAUCAAUUGACCACCAAAAAGAGCUGGGAAAGAGUGGUGAAGAGGUUACAGCUAUAAUAGACACUGAAGAGGUUAAGAGCUCUAACAUCGCUGUUCUGGAGAAUGAAGAAGAAAGAACAGGAGCUGCUGACAAAGAAAUGGCGAAAGAUGAAGUGUUAAUAAAUCAAAAUUCAAAUACCUCGGUGAUAGACGAAACUGCAGUCGAACUGCCAAAAGAACUUGAUGAAAAUAUAAUAUGUGAAGCUCCUCCUACAAAGACAGUCCAUGAAACCAUUGAGGAAUUUGAAGGUAAAACUGAAGAUGCAAAUACCAAGCAUGAAAGCCUGCCACUCCCUGAAUGUACACAAGGAAAAGAAAGUGAGAAACAGGACCAAAAAUAUGAAAUUUGCACUCCAGAAGAACAAGCAGAGGAUGAGGAAAACUUUACAGCAGGAAAAGGCAAGGAAGAAGCAGAAGGAGCUGGUACUUGGACAAAACCAACUGAAGAUGAAGAUAGAAAUACCUUUGUUCAAGCUGCAGAACUUGACGAAGUUUUAAACGGUGAUGGUGCCCAAGAUAUUCCAGUGCACAAUGAAAGCUCCACAACCAAAAAUGAGUAUUUUGAGGAGAAAUAUCCAAAUAAAAGCACAGAAACACAAAUAUCCUCUGCCAGCGGAAACACUGAACUAAUCGAACAGGUCAUAAAAGAUGAAGGAGUGGAUAGUCGACAAGUGGAAGAAGUGAGUGAUGACUGCAAACAGAUCAAAGAGACUUCAACACUAGUAGAACCUGCCACUAUUCCCACAUCAGAAAUCAUGCAGGAAUACACGGUAGAAACCUCACCGGAGACUAAGGAUCAACUGAAGGAAGUUGACGAUUUGCACCAAGCAUCAAAUGUCAGUGAAGCGGAACUAAAAAUGGCACAGAAAGAUGGUCCACCGGAUCUUCAAAAAGCCAGGGACAUAAGUGAGAAUGUGCAGGAAUUGAAUGAGGGUUCUGUUGAACUAUCGGAUAAGGAGAGUCCAGUGGAGGUAUACCCAUGUGAAAACAUUGAGGCCAAGGUUUCAAGUGAAGAGCAAAAAACAGAAGAAAUUCAAAAAGUCCUCGUGCCAGAAACUCUCGAUCAAGAAAUAGAAGAACAGCAACCGGGAAGUACUUCUUCUAAGGCUGUAUUGAAAGCUUGUGAAGAAGACAAAAUAAUAGAAAAGGUCUCAGCACUUCAAAGUUCAACGGAGGAUACAGCUCAAAGUGAUAAAAAAGAAGAAACUGAAAGGCAAAUUGACUCUCUUCCCGUCUUACCACAUGUCAAAUGUUCAGACAUUGAAACAGACGAAAAGGAUCUCCCGCUGCGCAGUGAUGUAGCAGAGCUAGAGGUGAUUCCUCCACCUUCAAAUGAUAAACAUGUAGUUCUGGAACCUUCUAAAUGCGAGCCCGAAGAAGCAAACAGUGGACAUAAGGAAGGAACUAGCCAGAAAACAGCAGAAUCAAAAGAGAUGGAUAAGCCUUCACUGAUGGACCUUCUUCAUACUCCCACAAAAAAGACCUCGGAAAUGGCAAGCCGUUCUGAAGAUGUGCAAGCAGAUGAGGCCGUGUGUGAAGAUGCGAAAUCCGACGAGGAGAAAGAUGAUGAAGAGGAAUCGAGUGAGCAAAGAAGACCAGACUUGGGUUCUGAAGCUCCGGUCAUGGUGGAUAUGGGAGAUGCAGACCUGAAAACUCCACACAAGAAAUCACACAACAUACUGUCGGGCGUUGGAUCGAAAGUGAAGCAUUCAAUUGCCAAGGUAAGGAAAGCCAUUACUGGAAAAUCCUCCCAUCCAAAACCACCAUCUCCAAAAUAAGGGUGAUAAAUUUCGAUAAAAAACUGCUCAGUGAGUUUUCCUACUAUUUUUUGGUUUGUUUUUCAAGGGUUUGCAAAUCAAAUAUUAUAAUCAUUCAAAUUUGUGCUUGCUUGUGUAAAUGGUUUGUAUAUAUCAGUUCUGAUAUUAGAGAAUUGAUAUAUAAUAUGCAGUAUCUAUAGUUUGUAAACUAAUAUUGAGAGUGUAAUAUAUGUUGUUUUCUUGUGCCAUACAA